AUCCUUAAACUGCAUCAAGUCAGAGAAACUUGGGGGCAAAUCUUUACCAUGUUUUCGACUGCAGUGAGCCCUCAGGCAUUUUAUACUCCCAGCUGGCAGACUGAACCCAAGUAUUCCACCAAAGUGCUCAUUGGAAAUUGGGUGGAAGAGAGAAGGAAGUUCACCAGAGCCACUGAUAAGACACCCCCGUGCAUUUACAGAAAAGAGUACGUCCCCUUCCCAGACCACAGAGCAGACCAGAUCUCCAGGUGGUAUGGGAAGAGGCGAGUUGAGGGGCUCCCGUACAAGCACCUCAUCACCCACCACCAGGAGCCCUCGAAUCGCUACCUUAUCAGCUUGUAUGACGACAACUACAACCGGCACAAUUACAACCCUGGCCUGCCCCCACGCCGCACCUGGAAUGGACAGAAGCUGCUGUGGCUACCAGAGAAAACAGACUUCCCCCUCCUCGCUCCCCCUACAAACUAUGGACUCUACGAGCAGCUGAAGCAGAGAUGGUGUGGACCCCAGGCUGGCCCCAGGGAAAGCACUUACAGGUCAUCUUAUCCCAGACCACCGGUGUCUGCUCUGUCCCGGCGGGAGCAUGCCAUCCCGGUCCCUCCCUGCCGCCUGCACCCUGCCCCACACUUCUGA